AUGAGUGAAAUUCCCUUUGGUUUUCCCGUUGUUCAUCGUCACCACCCACGGCUACUCGUAUCUCAUGGCGAAAACUUGGAAAACCACGCACUCUACAGCAUAUCCGAAAACCAACACGUUGAUUUACACAUACCCGAGCUAGUCUCGAAGCAAGCGGCCUUCACCUCGUACGGUUGGCUCGUCCUAAUCGACUUGGAGCGUCGCCACGAUGAUGAUUGUGGCUGUUGUCUCCUUAACAUAUUAUCCUGUGAAAGGAUUCGUAUCCCGCACAAUCCGAUGCGGUACGAGUCUUACCAGUGUAUCCUGUCCAGACCCCCGACCGAGCCCAACUGCUAUCUCAUGCUCCUCCCAUCCCGACUCCAUGAUAAUGGGUACCUCUACUUCUGUCGCCUAGGAGAUGACGACUUCAAUGAGACGGUUAAGUAUUUCGGGAACAACAACACCGUGUCGGCUGUGUCGGGCUUUGGCGGGAAAACCUAUGUGUGGAUGGGAGACACUUGCCGUUUGUUCGAGUUAGAGUUUUACGGCGACCGGAUGCUCAACAUUGUCCCGCUGGUCCACGUGGCGGAGGAGGAGCUCUCCACGUGGCAGCUGCCCGGCGAUUUCAUGGAUUUCAUCAUAGCUGUGGAUGAUGGGGAGAUACUUCUGGUUCGGGCGAUUCUCCGCAUGUACUGCGACGUGGCGUAUUUCAGGGUUUUUCGAAUGGGGAAGGAGUGUGUGGAGGAGCUGACGAGCUUAGGGGAUCGUGCCCUUUUCUUGGGGAAGCACGGGAGCACAGUGUGCUUUGCGGACGGGUCCUCCUCGUCGGGGGUGAAGAGAAACUCGAUAUAUUAUUACUGGUGUAACGACCAGAAUUUGUAUGUCUAUGAUUUCGAGGACCGGAGCACCACACCACUCAGGCCGUGCACGGUCAAGGGUCGUCUAUUCUUCAUGUCUUGGGUGUGA